GACAAUCUAUUGGUAGGUGGAGAACAGAAGAAAGACGUAUAGAGAUGCAAAAUGCUGAAUAAUGGUCAGGCACUUUUUCCAAAAUUCAAGUUUGCAGGCAAAAGAAUCGAGAAGAAUUGAUCCUGCCCAGCAGGUUAUUGCAGCUUAUAUCAUGGUAUUUUGAGAUGAAGUCACAACUUGAAUUUUACGUCAACGGGCAGAAAGUUGUGGAGAAAGAUCCUGAUCCGGAAUGGACUCUGUUGUUCUAUUUACGAGAAAAACUGAGCUUAUGUGGAACAAAACUGGGAUGUGGGGAGGGUGGUUGUGGUGCUUGCACUGUGAUGGUGUCAAUGUACGAGAAGGAGACGAAGACGAUUAAGCACAUGUCGGUGAACGCUUGCCUUGCUCCUGUUUGUGCGAUGCAUGGCCUAGCUGUUACUACAGUUGAAGGCAUCGGUAGCACGAAAACAAAACUUCAUGCAAUACAAGAAAGAAUGUCGAAGAUGCAUGCCUCACAGUGUGGAUUUUGUACGCCAGGAAUUGUGAUGUCCAUGUACACUCUUCUGCGGAAUAAACCAAUACCAUGUAUGGCUGAUGUUGAGGAGUAUUUCAAGGGGAAUCUCUGUCGUUGCACUGGCUACCGACCGAUUCUCGAGGCGAUGAAAACCUUUUGCAUCCCAGACACAGAAACGAGGCCAGAUCGAAAUGGACAAAGUGAAGGCGGAGAAAACAGCAUGGUAAACGAUAUGACAGAAUUCACGAGUGGUUUCACUGAUAACAAUAAAGAUGCAAAUAGCGAAGUUAGCAAUUCUUCGCAGAAGCAAUCGACAAACGCUGGGAUUGAUCACAUAAAAGAAGCGCAAUUGGCAGCAAUUGAAAAUAGCAAAGUGCAGAUGAAUGAGUCUCCUGAUAUGGAUGACAACAGAAACAUUUCCUGUGGAGCAGGUGAGAAUUGUUGCAAAAGAUCGACAGCUCCUGACAAAUGUACCGGCAUUAAAUUGAAGGAAUCUAUUAAACUACCUGAUGCCACUUCUCUCAAAUUUAUUCCAUACGACCCAAGUCAAGAGCCAAUAUACCCACCCAGUCUGCUCCUUUCCAAUGGAAUAAAAUCAGAGAGUUUGGUUUUCCAGGGUGAAAGAGUCACCUGGUACAGACCAACAACUCUAAAUGAACUAUUGUCAUUGAAGGAGCAGUUUCCAUACGCAAAGAUCGUUGUUGGCAAUACUGAAGUAGGACUUGAGACCAAGUUCAAGCACCUUGAAUAUCCUGUUUUGAUACACCCAAGUCACAUUAAAGAGUUGAAAGAAAUAUCUAUCCUGGAAAAUGGUGUGACAUUUGGGGCCUCAGUGACUCUUGAUGAAAUGGAAACUGUCUGUCGAAGAAUGAUCGAAAAACUACCGGCCUACAAAACCAGAGUGCUCAGUGCUUUUGUCGAAAUGAUGCAAUGGUUUGCAGGAAAACAAAUACGAUACGUCGCAGCAGUAGGUGGAAAUAUCAUGACUGGCAGCCCAAUAUCUGACCUAAUUCCUAUUUUUAUGGCCUCUAAAUGCAGACUUGAUGUAGCAUGCAAGAAUGAAAAAAGGUCGCUGGAAAUGAAUGAAAAGUUUUACGUUGGCUAUCGAAAGACGUGCCUCAAACCAGAAGAAGUAUUAGUAUCCAUCACUCUACCAUUCACUGAAACCAACGAAUAUUUUCAAGCUUAUAAACAAGCAAAAAGACGCGAUGAUGAUAUUGCAAUUGUAAAUGCAGCUUUCAGAAUGGUAGUGGAAGGAGCUUUGGUUAAGGACGCUACAUUCUGUUAUGGGGGACUUGCACCUACUUCAAAAUUGGCCCUUAAAACUAUGGAGCUACUUCGAGGAAAACAAUUAGGAGAUGGAAUUCUUGAGGCAACAUUGCGGUCAAUUUGUUCUGAGUUCAACUUGCCUCCAAAUGCUCCAGGGGGUAUGGUACGUUACAGAAGAUCAUUGGCAAUGAGCUUAUUCUUCAAGUUUUUCCUUCACGUUGCAGAAGAGAUAAAUGUUUCGACGUCUGGUCUACUGAAACAUUGCUCAAGUGCAACAGAGAAGUUCCAUAAAGGUGUAAUCAACAGCCAUCAGUUCUUCAAACUGUCUGAUGGGGAGAAAAAGGUAGUCGGAAAGCCGAUACCACACAAAUCAGGUGAUCUGCACACGACAGGAGAAGCCGUGUAUGUAGACGAUAUGGCCAAAACCAAAGGCGAGCUUGAAUUGGUGUUUGUCACAAGCACAAAACCCCACGCCAAGAUACUGGACAUAGACCCAUCUAAAGCAUUGCUUAUUGAUGGGGUUGUUGAUUUUGUGAGCCAUAAAGAUUUACCACCAGAACGAAAUUUAACUGGAAUUCCUGAUUUUUCAAAUGAUGAAGAAUUGUUUGCAUCCAACGUCGUGCACUGUGUUGGGCAAGUGAUUGGUGCUGUUGUUGCAACUGACAAAAACAUUGCAAGAAGGGCUGCAAACAAGGUAAAAGUUUCUUAUGAAGAACUGCCUGCAAUCGUGACAAUAGAACAGGCAAUUGCGGCUAAUUCGUAUUAUGGUGACUUGAUUGAGUUGAAGCGUGGAAACGUACAAGAGGGAUUUGAUAAAUGCGACCACAUCAUAGAAGGGACAAUGAGGACUGGGGCGCAGGAACAUUUUUAUCUUGAGACACAAGCAUGCAUUGCAUUUCCUUUGAAUGAGAAUGACGAAAUCAUAAUUUAUUCUUCAACCCAGUCCCCGUCUGAUACGCAGAAAGUCGUUGCGAAGGCGCUUGGUUUGGAUCACAACCGCAUCGUUUGCAAGACCAAAAGACUCGGAGGUGGUUUCGGUGGCAAGGAGACAAAGGCACCUAUCAUAGCUGCUGCUGUUGCUGUUGUUGCUUGUAAGAUUGGUAAACCAGUGCGAAUCAUGCUUGACAGAAACGAGGAUAUGAUCAUGACGGGGGGUCGCCAUCCAUUUUUGGCCAAAUACAAAGUUGGUUUUAAUAAUGAUGGACGAAUCGUAGCAGCAAACACAGAUCUGUAUUCAAAUGCUGGCUGGAGCAUCGAUUUGUCUUUAGCUGUCCUUGAACAGGCAAUAUUCCAGUGCGAUAAUUCUUAUUUUGCACCAUAUUGGAGGUCUUCUGGACGCUGUUGCAAGACAAAUCUCGCGUCAAAUACUGCAUUCCGUGGAUUCGGGGCUAAACAAGGGAUGAUGAUGGCUGAAACAUGGAUUAAUGACAUUGCAACAUUUUGGAGAGAGACCCGGCAGAAAUCAGAGAGAAGAACAUGUACCAAGGUGGAGAGUUGACCCACUAUAACCAGGUUAUGGAACCUGGGGUCAGAAGAUGCUGGGACAAAUGCAUUGAGAAGAGUAAUUAUUACAAACGCAGACAAGAGGUGGAAAUAUUUAACGAUGGAAGCAGAUGGAAAAAGCGUGGCAUUGCCAUUGUCCCUUC